ACCGAAUCUGUGGAUUCUGCGUGCGAUGGAGAAGAAGCGCAUGGAAUAUUUUCAAUUCUUCCCAUGUCGGGCGCCCAGUGAACUUGACAGCCGUUAAAUUUACAGGGAAGGACCAACCAAAAAUCUCGUGCAUUUAUUUGACCUGUUGUUCCGCAUAAUAACGGGCAUAUCUUGCUGCAUCAUGCACCAUAUAGAAGUGUCGAUCCCGUCUUUUCGGUCGGAGGGCAGUAACGUGGAGAAGGGCUACACGGUUUUUAAAAUCGAGGUGCUCAUGUGUGGUAGACAGCAUACUGUCGAGAAAAGAUACAGUGAAUUUCACGCUCUGCAUAAAAUGCUUAAAAAGAUCAUUAAACCUCCUGAAAUUCCUUCGAAGCAUGUGAGGAACUGGGUGCCAAAGGUUCUCGAGCAGAGGAGACAGGGACUUGAGCUCUACCUCCAGACUAUAAUCAUGGAAAAUGAGGUUCUUCCUAAGAUAUUCUUGGAUUUCCUCAAUAUCCGCCAUUUCCCAUCACUGCCAAAAACUGAGAGUUGUGGAUCAUUUGAAACUGAAUCAGAGGAAUCAAGUAAACUUACACACCAACCAGCACUUCUCUUCCAGAGGGAUCCCUAUCUGCUGCCUACCACCAAUGAUGCGUUUUCUAAUAUGGUUAUUGAAGGUGUGAUACGUGGAAUAUUUUACCCAGACUUCCAGCCAAGUUAGAUCUCAGCACUACGGACGAUAUCACAUCAAGUUCACGGAUGAAAAGGGAUUUGUAUUACCAACACUAAAUCACGCAGCACCAGUUUAACAGACUUAUUCAUUACAGCCUUAAGACUGUAGUCUGGCAUCAGCACUUAAAACCGGUUUGUUUUUGUGUUUGUAUUUGCACAAAUUGAGAUUUUAAUUUUACACAAAGAAACAUUCAUAUCGCCUGUCAAAUCAAGGUCUCAUUUAAAAUCAGAAGCACCUCUGCAUAUAUUUGCACAUCUUUCCUUGUGUCAUAUAAGUUCAGAAGGACAUCUGAUCCACUGUAUGUUUCUCCAAGCGAAGUGACAAAUUUUUUAGGAAAGUGUUGGAAGAGCCUUGAACUUUUUCUUUUUGUACUGAAUUAUUGUGUGAACGUUCUUGUGUUUCUUUGUUUUUGAUGUGGCAAUUAUCAAUAACCAGCCUGGCUUAUAAUUGUCAAAAAGGGAAUUGCUGAAUGAACCAAACCAGUAUAAAUUCAGUCUGGAUGUCUUACAUCAUGUUACAGCCAAAAACUGUGAAAAAGAGCUGUUGUUAAAUUACAAAACUUAGCGUUCUCCACUGCUAACCUGCAGCUAAGUAAACAAUUUUCAGUGGAUUACCUUUUUUGAAAAUGCAGUUUAGUCUGGACUAAUAUUAGUCUAAUAUUUUAGGAACUUCACUGUGUAGUAAGAGUGCAUGAACACUAGUUGUUAAAGCUUUUCACUACUGUUGGAAGUAGUAAUGGAGAAGAUAAUGCAGAUGGUCACAAGAUUUAUUAUGUACCAUUUCAAGCAGUGCUAGAUCUUUAUUCUGCAUAUGGACAACGUGCCAUUCCAUUAUGUGUGUUUUAUUGUUGAUGCUUUGGAUUGACUCAUGCACUUUAAACAAGAGUGAAAAGAUCAGCUGUGACUGAAUAUAAUUUUAAACCUGACAGCAAUAAAACAUCACAUUUAUUCAUUAA